UUUUUGUGUAAUUUGGCUCGUUCUGAUUUUGGGUCUGUAUGGGAUAGAACAAAAACUUGAGGAGGGAGGAACCCCCAAAACGAAUUCGAAUAAAAACCCCCAAAAAGAUUCUAACUUUGAAAUCAGAGGACUCCCAAAACCUAUAAAGUUUCAGACUUUGAGUCUUCUUCGUGUAUCUGCAACUCAGAAACCGCGAUUUCUCGUUCUCUGUACUAUCAAUUUGGCUCUGUAAAAGGGAAGCAAGUGUAUACUGGACUCGGCCACAGCUUCAGUUUCAGUCAACCCUGUGUCUCUCUUUUUCUUUGAUGAAGCAAAUUUGAAGUAGCUUGAGGAGGUAGCUGGUUGGGUUGUGGAUCGUGGUUUUUGAUUGUGUAUGCUUUGCAGCUCCUCGAAUUGGAACAGAACAAUUGGGCUACUCCUCCUAUUGAGUAAUCUCCAAGAGUAAGUACACAGCCCUUGUUACAGUUCUUGGCUCCAGUGGAAACUUGUAAGGACCGUAUUGGAUCAGCACUUGAAACAAUUAGACCAACAACUUCAUGGGAGAGAAGAACAGCAGCAGGGCAAGGAGUAGAUGGUGUUUUGAUGGGUGGGCGAGGUUUUGGGGUGGCAAUUGAAGCCCUUUUAAACUACCUUGGAUCUGAAUAUGGAAGCACAUUUGCACUAGGUAGAGUCUUUGCCUUUUUGUCUAGUCCUCCUGACUAUGGAGCUGGGCAACUAGAUACAAGACAGUACGGUGAACAAUAUGCUAGUAGAGGAGAGGAUGCGGACCGUGCAUUGCUUCCUGAGCAGACACCUUUCUAUAAAGAUUUGGCUGCUGUCGUUGUUCAAGCAGGUGUUUGCGUAGACAUCUUUGCUAUUACAAAUGAGAAUACAGAUUUGGCAUCUCUGAAGUUUCUUAGCGUAGAAAGUGGAGGCUCAUUGUACUUUUAUUCAAAUACUGAUGAUUUAACACUUCCACAGGACAUGUACCGGAUGCUAAGUCGACCAUAUGCUUUUGGCUGUGUACUGCGAUUGAGGAUAUCAUCUGAAUUCAAAACUGGUCAUUCUUAUGAUCACUUCUUUCCAGAUCCACAGUAUGAGAAUGUUCAACACAUUAUCUGUUGUGAUUCUUAUGCCGCAUAUGCUUAUGACUUUGAGUUUGAAGCUACCAAGGAAUUUGCAAAGUUUUCAUGGCAAAAAGAGCAAAGCAAAUGAAAGCAAGUGCAAAGCUCACAAAAUGACAAAGUAAAAUGGUGCACUUGUGAUUGUUGUUUUAUUUCAAGUGUGGUUAUAAUUUUCAAUACUUGGAAAUGACAACACAUUUAUUUUCAUUUUA